AUGAAGGGAAAGAAUGGCUACACCGUUUCCAUUCCAAAUGGAUACCCAAAGAAGCCUAAAGAGUUGGAGGGACGAGGCAACUGGGGGAGCAAAGCUGAAUUUAUCCUGACUGUGAUGGGAGCGAUCAUUGGACCUGGGAACGUGUGGAGAUUCCCUUACCUGUGCUACAAAAACGGCGGAGGUGUUUUCUUCAUCCCAUACGUGCUGUUUAUGGUGACAUGCGGAAUCCCCUUGUUCUUCCUUGAGACGGCCUUGGGACAGUAUACCAGCCAGGGAGGGAUAACCUGCUGGAGAAGGAUCUGUCCACUGUUCGAAGGCAUGGGAUAUGCCAGUCACCUGAUCAUCGCGUUCAGCGCCACGUCCUACAUUGUCAUCCUGGCAUGGGCUUUCUUUUACUUAUUUGCAUCCUUCAGUGCUGAGUUGCCCUGGGCCAAAUGUGGACACUACUGGAAUACAGACUCAUGCAUGGACUUCAGCCAACUGAAUCUGAACAUCAGCACGGCAUCCAAAGUGAAUGGAACUCUUCCUGUUGUGGAGUUCUGGCAGCGGCGGGUUUUGAACAUAUCAUCUGGCAUUGAGGAAGUGGGCAGUCUGAGGUGGGAACUGGCCUUGUGUCUCCUCCUCGCUUGGAUCAUCUGCUACUUUUGUGUCUGGAAGGGUAUUAAAUCCACAGGGAAGGCUGCCUACUUCACAGCUACCUUCCCAUACAUUAUGCUGUUUGUUUUGCUGCUGCGUGGUGUUACCCUGCCGGGGGCAGUGGAUGGAAUGAUCUACUACCUCAACCCUGACAUCUCUCGCCUCUCAGAUCCACAGGUGUGGAUGGAUGCCGGCACACAGAUCUUCUUCUCUUAUGCCAUCAGCCUUGGGUUCCUCACCUCUCUUGGGAGCUACAACCCUUAUCACAACAACUGCUACAAGGAUUGUUUCUACCUGUGCCUGCUGAACAGUGCCACCAGCGUUGUGUCAGGCUUUGCCAUUUUCUCUAUUUUGGGUUUCAUGACCUAUGAACAAGGAGUGGAUAUUGCUGAAGUGGCUGAGUCAGGGCCAGGGCUGGCAUUCAUUGUUUACCCACGUGCUGUGUCCAUGAUGCCAAUGCCUCAGGUCUGGUCGGUGUGUUUCUUCCUCAUGAUCAUUCUCCUUGGUUUGGACAGUCAGUUUGUCGGCCUGGAGUGUCUGAUGACAUCGGUGGUUGAUUUGUUUCCUGUUCUAAUGCGUCGAGGUUUCAGACGGGAGCUGCUUCUGCUGGCUAUCUGCACUGUUUGUUGUUUGUUGGGGCUGACCCUCGUCACUGAGGGAGGGAUGUACUGGCUGCAGCUGUUGGACCAUCAUGUUUGCAGCGGCACCACCCUGCUGCUCCUCUCCUUUUGCCAGGCAGUCAGCAUCGCGUGGGUCUACGGUGCUGAGCGUUUCUACGGCAACAUCACUGACAUGAUCGGCUACCGUCCAUACCCAAUAAUGAAAUACUGUUGGCUCUACGUCACUCCCAUCGUCUGCUUUGGCAUCUUCGUCUUCUCCAUUAUCAAAUACUCCCCUCUGAAGUUCAGCAACACGUAUGUGUAUCCAGUUUGGGCCAACGUCAUCGGCUGGCUUAUAGCCUCCAGCUCCCUCUCCCUCAUCCCUCUCUUCUUGUUAUAUAAACUAGUUAAUGGAAAAGGCACUCUCCGACAGCGAUUCUUGGUGCUCUGCCGCCCUGUGGAUGAUCUCCCUUUGGAUCAAAAGUGUCCUCCUGCACUGGUGUCCAAUGGCACCACACUCCACACUGAGCUCAAACCUUUAUCCCAGACUAAGGCAAAUGAGCUCACUCAGUAAACACAAAGAUUCUUGGUUUGUGAAAUGUACAUUAAUCUGGCUUGGUAGGCCUACAGGGUAGAUCCAUUGUCUGGCUAGGAGUUCUCUUUUUUAUGUUAUAUUAGCUCAUAGGGAUGACGGAUGUUGAAUGAAUGAGAUUUUUGUCGUUGCUCCUGCAUAUGGUGUUCACCCGUGCCAAGCUUCACAACUGUAAAACAGUCUUGAAAUAUGCAUACCUUU